UUGGAUAUGACUCAAGUUUAUUUGCCAUGGCUCUUUUAUUCCUCUACUCUGCAUAUCUUUUCUCCUUUGUCCUCUUAACUAUUAUGGUUCAGAAGAUGAGAAAGAAGAAAAGUUACUCAACUAAUAACAUACCACCAGGACCUAAAAAGCUACCUAUUAUAGGAAAUAUACACAAUCUGUUAAGCUCUCAACCCCAUCGAAGAUUAAGAGAUUUGGCCAAAAAUUAUGGACCUGUGAUGCAUCUUCAACUUGGAGAGGUUUCUACAAUUGUCAUUUCGUCGCCCGAGUUUGCCAAAGAGGUAAUGAAAACUCAUGAUAUUAACUUUGCAACAAGGCCUCAAAUCCUAGCUUCAGAAAUAAUGUCUUACAAUUCAACAAAUAUAGCUUUUGCUCCUUAUGGUAGUUAUUGGAGACAGUUGCGAAAAAUAUGCACAUCGGAACUUUUGAGCCUAAAAAGAGUAAACUCGUAUCAAUCAAUUAGAGAUGACGUGCUUUCAGAUCUUGUCAAAUGGAUUGCUUCACAUAAUGGAUCUCCAAUCAAUCUAACUGAAGCUGUAAUCUCUUCGAUAUUUACUAUUGUUUCGAGGGCCGCCUUUGGCAGUAAAUGCAAAGACCAAGAAGAAUUUAUAUUUGUGGUAAAAGAAGCAAUCAAGGUUGCAGGAGGUUUUGACUUGGGAGAUUUAUUUCCUUCUGCUAAAUGGAUACAACGUGUUACUGGUUUGAGGCCUAAGCUUGAGAGGUAUCAUCGACAAACUGAUCAGAUUUUUGAAAACAUUAUCAACGAUCAUAAAGGAGAAAAGUACAGAAAAUCCAAAGACUAUCAAGGCGAUGAUGUAGAAGAAGAUCUGGUAGACGUUCUCUUAAAAUAUGAGGAUGGGAGCAACAAGGAUUUUUCCUUAACAAAAAACAACAUCAAGGCUAUAAUCCUAGACAUUUUCGGUGCUGGAGGCGAGACAUCAGCAAGCACCAUAGAUUGGGCAAUGGCAGAAAUGAUAAGGGAUCCAAGAAUAAUGAAGAAAGCACGAGAUGAGGUGAGAGAGGUUUUCAAAAUUAAAGGAAGGGUUGAUGAAAAUUGCCUCAAUGAACUCAACUAUUUGAAAUCAGUAGUGAAAGAAACAUUAAGGCUACACCCUCCAGCACCUCUUCUGCUACCAAGAGAAUGUGGUGAAGCCUGUGAGAUAAACGGCUUUCACAUACCGAUUAAAACUAAGGUGAUAAUCAAUGCUUGGGCAAUUGCAAGAGAUCCAAACUAUUGGACUGAGCCAGAGAGGUUUUAUCCAGAGAGAUUCAUUGACAGCGCUAUUGACUAUAAAGGGAGUAAUUUUGAGUACAUUCCAUUUGGUUCUGGAAGAAGAAUAUGCCCAGGGAGCACAUUUGGUUUGAGAAAUGUUGACCUUACUCUUGCAAUGUUGUUGUAUCAUUUUGACUGGAAGCUUCCGAGUGGAAUCAAAAGUGAUGAAUUGAACAUGACAGAGCAAUUUGGAGUCACGCUUUAAAUGGAGUACCAAAGAGAUCCCAAAUCUUAGAUACGAAAUUUACGGUGAAGAAUAGCCAAUGGAGUACCGAAGAGAUUCCAAAUCUUAGAUACGAAAUUUACGGUGAAGAAUAGCUUUGACAUUUUGAAUUUCCAUGAGAUUAUUACCCGUUAAAACUAGUUCGUUGACAUAAUGAUAGGAGGUGCAAUUAGAUAUUUUAAUUAGUAAUAUAAUGUUAGUUGUUAUUUUAUUUUGAAUGUUUGGUUGAAUUGGGCUUUUAGUAGUGUUUGAGCCUUUAAAUUUAUUAUUAUUAGAAGUACUAUAUAUUGUAGUCUCAUUGAGACAUUAAGUAUCAAGAAUCAAAUGAAAAAGUCUUUUAUUUUCAUUUAUUUUAU